AUCGAGCAGGUCCUGGGGUAGUGACGUCACUACGUGGGGUUUCCUUCGUGAGUAUUGAACGUUACGUCGUCAUCGCUGAGCCCGGUUGUUUUAGGAAGUCCAUGGGCCGCUGAACCUGGCUUUGCUUUCUGUAAUGCAGUUGAGUGGAUUUGUUCUCAGCACCCAACAGGCAGUGAUAGCAGAACCUCUGAUAGACAGACCAGCUUCAGUCACCCGGAGCUUCUCUGACCGCGCGACCGACCGGGAACUGCAGCUAGCUUGAAGCGGUGUUAGCUCAUGCUGCUGCCUCACAGCAGUUCCUCUGAGGACCAAAGGAGCUCUAAAGUGGAAAAUCGACUUUUGACAACUUUCUGGAGAGGUUCAUCACUGGGAAUUUUGUACUAGUGGUUCACAGUUCCUUAUUGUGGAGUUCAACAUGGCUGGACGCAGUGAAGAUGAAAGUGUGAGCAAUAGCAAUGGAGAAUCAAGUAAUUCUGACGAUGAGUCUGGUUCUGGUUCUGGAUCUGGAUCAGGCUCCGCCUCUGCUUCAGGUUCAGGCUCCAGUUCCAGCUCCUCUAGCAGUAGCAGCCAAUCAGGGAGCAGUGACUCAGGAAGUGGCUCAGACUCUGGCAGUCAGUCAGAGUCUGACACAGAGAAAUCCAAUGAGAAGAUGGAACCACCAAAUAAGACAAAUAUUGAUGGAGCAGAGUUCUGGAAGUCCAACCCCAGCAUUCUGGCAGUACAAAGAUCUGCUAUGCUCAGGAAGCAGCAACAGAGACGAGGCUCUUCUAAUAGUGGAUCAGAUGAGGACUCUUCAAGUACUGAUGAAUCUGACUCCUCAAGUGGAUCCAAAAAGAGAGUGAAUUCAGGCUCCUCUGGAUCUGGCUCUGCCUCUGGGAGUGAUUCUGGAUCAGAUUCAUCGGCAGAGGAUAACAGUAAUGAAACUGCAUCAGACUAUGAGCCCAGUCUCAAAUUUAAAAGCAGAAAACCUCCAACUAAGAUGAAUUCUCGAAAUGGAACAAAAAGUAUCACUCCGAGAAAAAAACCCCGAAAGUGUUCUUCUUCUGAGGAUGACAAUAACUACACAAAAGUAGCAUGUGCUGGGCCACGGCGGCAGGCUACGGUCAACAUCAGUUAUAAGGAGGAUGAAGAGAUAAAUACAGAUUCUGAUGAUUUGGUGGAGGUUUUGGGUGAAGAUGUUCCAAUGCCGGAGGAAGAAGAGUUUGAAACAAUUGAAAGAGUAAUGGACUGCAGGAUAGGAAGAAAAAGAGCAACAGGGAGUGCAACCACUGUAUAUGCUGUAGAAGCAGAUGGUGACCCCAAUGGUAACUUUGAUCCAAAUAAAGAGGCUGGCGAGGUCCAGUACUUGAUUAAGUGGAAGAACUGGGCACACAUCCAUAACACUUGGGAGACUGAGGAAACACUAAAGUUCCAGAAUGUAAGGGGCAUGAAGAAACUAGAAAACUUCAAGAAAAAGGAACAAGAGAAAAGAAAAUGGUUAAAGGCAGCAUCACCUGAAGAUAGAGAAUAUUUUAAUUGUCAGGAGGAAAUGGUGGAUGACCUGCACUCUCAGUAUCGGCUUGUAGAAAGAAUCAUAGGACAUUCAAACCAGAAGUCAGCUGCUGGUUACCCAGACUACCUUUGCAAGUGGCAGGGUUUACCAUACUCGGAGUGCAGCUGGGAAGAUGGUGCUCUGAUUGGCAAAAAGUUCCAGAAAUGCAUUGAUGACUACAUGAGCAGAAAUCAGUCAAAGACCAUUCCCUCCAGAGAUUUUAAGUUGAUGAAACAGAGACCUAGGUUUGUACCUAUGAAGAAGCAGCCUGUUUACAUUGGAGGUGAUGGACUGGAGCUCAGAGACUACCAGCUGGAUGGUUUAAACUGGAUGGCCCACUCCUGGAGCAAAGGCAACAGUUGUAUCCUUGCUGAUGAGAUGGGCUUAGGAAAGACCAUCCAAACAAUCUCCUUCCUCAACUACCUGUUUCACGAGCACCAGCUGUAUGGACCAUUCCUGCUAGUGGUGCCUCUUUCUACACUUACAUCUUGGCAAAGAGAGAUAUUGCUAUGGGCCCCACAGAUGAAUGUUGUCGUCUACCUUGGAGACAUCAACAGCAGGAAUAUGAUCCGAACACAUGAAUGGAUGCAUGUCCAUAACAAGAGGGUGAAAUUUAACAUCCUCCUCACAACUUACGAAAUUCUUCUGAAAGACAAGUCAUUUUUAGGCAGUGUUAACUGGGCCUUCAUUGGUGUGGAUGAAGCACACAGGCUGAAAAACGACGACUCUCUACUCUACAAAACAAUGAUUGACUUCAAGUCCAGUCACAGGCUUCUAAUCACAGGAACACCUCUACAGAACUCCCUGAAAGAGCUAUGGUCACUGCUGCACUUCAUUAUGCCUGAAAAGUUUCACUCCUGGGAGAUGUUUGAGGAUGAGCAUGGGAAAGGCAGGGACUCGGGCUACGCCAGUCUCCACAAAGAGCUGGAACCUUUCCUGCUGCGUCGUGUCAAGAAGGAUGUUGAAAAAUCUUUGCCAGCUAAAGUUGAGCAGAUCCUCCGAGUGGAGAUGAGUGCUAUCCAGAAACAGUACUAUAAAUGGAUUUUGACCAGGAACUACAAGGCUCUGAAUAAAGGCACAAAAGGCAGCACAUCUGGCUUCCUGAACAUCAUGAUGGAAUUGAAGAAGUGCUGCAAUCACUGUUACCUUAUCAAGCCCCCUGAUGACAAUGAAUCGUUCAACAAAACGGAAGCUUUACAGCAACUGAUCCGUAGUAGUGGGAAGCUUGUGCUGUUGGACAAACUGCUGGUACGUUUGAAGGAGCGAGGUCACAGAGUUCUCAUCUUCUCCCAGAUGGUACGGAUGCUUGACAUUCUGGCUGAAUAUUUAAGGAGCAGACAGUUCCUGUUUCAGAGAUUAGAUGGCUCCAUCAAAGGAGAAAUACGGAAACAAGCUUUGGAUCAUUUUAAUGCAGAGGGCUCAGAGGAUUUCUGCUUCUUGUUAUCUACACGUGCGGGUGGACUGGGCAUCAAUCUAGCAUCGGCUGACACAGUGGUGAUCUUUGACUCAGAUUGGAAUCCCCAAAAUGAUCUUCAAGCUCAGGCCAGAGCCCACAGGAUAGGACAGAAAAGACAGGUAAAUAUCUAUCGGCUGGUGACAAAAGGAUCAGUGGAAGAAGAUAUCAUUGAGAGGGCAAAAAAGAAAAUGGUGCUUGACCACCUUGUCAUCCAAAGAAUGGACACUACAGGAAAAACAGUCCUGCAUACUGGAGCUGCACCUUCUAGCUCGGCACCUUUUAGCAAAGAGGAGCUCUCUGCCAUUCUGAAGUUUGGCGCUGAAGAGCUUUUUAAAGAGCCAGAAGGUGAAGAGCAGGAGCCUCAGGAAAUGGACAUUGAUGAGAUCCUGAAAAGAGCUGAGACAAGGGAGAAUGAUCCUGGACCGUCCACCGUUGGAGAGGAAUUGUUAUCUCAGUUCAAGGUUGCCAACUUCUCCAUGAUGGAAGAUGAAGAUAUUGAUCUCGAUUCUGAGCGAAGUCAAAGGAGCUGGGAUGACAUAAUACCUGAAGAACAGAGAAGGAGGAUGGAGGAAGAAGAAAGACAGAAGGAGCUUGAAGAAAUUUACAUGCUACCACGUAUGAGGAAUUGUGCCAAACAGAUAAGCUUUAACUCGGAGAGACGGCAGAGUAGGAAUAGGAGAUAUUCUGGCUCUGAUAGCGACUCUACUUCAGACCGAAAGAGACCAAAAAAACGAGGAAGACCUCGGACCAUUCCACGGGAAAAUAUUAAGGGUUUUACAGAUGCUGAAAUCCGCAGGUUUGUGAAGAGUUACAAAAAGUUUGGAGGACCACUUGAAAGGUUGGAUGCCAUUGCUCGUGAUGCUGAACUGGUUGAUAAAUCUGAACACGACCUAAACCGCUUGGCAGAGACUGUUCAUAAUGGAUGUGUAAGAACACUACGUGAAAACCCUUGUGGGCCAGAGAAGACAUCAGGUGGCAGACGAGGAAAAGUAAAAGGUCCCACAUUUAGGAUCUCUGGAGUCCAAGUUAAUGCCAAGCUUGUUAUCUCCCACGAAGAAGAACUGGCUCCCCUUCACAAGGCCAUCCCUGCUGAUCCUGAAGAGAGAAAAAAGUACAUGAUUCCAUGUCACUCAAAGGCAGCACACUUUGACAUUGAGUGGGGGAAGGAGGAUGAUUCAAGUCUUCUCAUUGGAAUUUAUGAAUAUGGUUAUGGCAGCUGGGAGAUGAUCAAGAUGGACCCAGACCUAAAUCUCACACACAAGCUGCUACCAGAUGAUCCUGACAAGAAACCACAGGCCAAGCAGCUCCAAGCCAGAGCAGACUACCUCAUCAAAUUACUGAGCAAGGACCUGGCCAAAAAAGAAGCACAGAAACAAAGUGGAACAGCAAAUUCACGGAAGAGGAAGCCCAGAAGAAAAAUCAGCAAAACGCUCAAGUCCGUAAAGGGGGAUGAUCUGAUGAAAAGCCCAUCUUCAGAUCUGGCAUCAGACAAGAGGUCCGAUGAUGAGAAUGAGAUGGAUGUCGAACAGAAGAUGGUAGCAGAGAAGGUUCCAGGCAAACGUGUUGGAGAUAAGUUGAAGGGAAAGUACGAUUAUGAUGAGCAUGAGCUCAAUGCUUCUUCAUCUGAAAGAAAUGGUGAAGAAAAAGAGGAGAAAAAAGAGAAGGAUGAAAGCUGUGACAUCAAAGAGACAAAGGAGUCAAAAGAGAGGAGGGAAAUUAAAGUUUUUGAGCCAAUUCAGAAGCAGGAGGAGGCUGGGGAAAAGAUUGAAAUAAAGACUGAGGCACGAGAACGAACAAAGAAAGCCUUAAACUUAUCAGUCCAGAAGACAUCUAGUGCAGACAAUAUGCAAGGAUGUGAGGAGUCUGAGGAACUGGACCAAAGAACCUUCAGUGUGUGUAAAGAGCGGAUGCGACCUGUAAAAGCUGCUUUGAAGCAGCUGGACAGACCAGAGAAAGGCCUGUCGGAACGUGAGCAGCUGGAACACACCAGACAGUGUCUCAUAAAGAUUGGAGACCACAUCACUCAGUGCUUGAAGGAGUAUUCAAAUCCUGAUCAAAUCAAACAAUGGAGAAAGAACCUGUGGAUAUUUGUCUCUAAAUUCACUGAGUUUGAUGCAAGAAAACUACACAAACUGUAUAAGCAUGCAAUCAAGAAAAGACAAGAAAAUGUCCAAGCUGUGGAGCAGAACACUAGAAAUAUGAACACUGAAGGCUAUAAGCAUGCAGAUGUUGAAAGGAUGAAGGACAACUCCCACCAAGAUGACAGCAGCAGAGACAGCUACACCUCGGACCGAAAUCAGCCUUUUGGUAGAUAUCACGAAAGCAGUGGCAAUAAAGACAGACAUAGUUCUGAGUACCACAAGAAGACCAGUGUGGUAGACUCCAGGAAAAGACCGCACUCUACUUUUAGCAACGGGAAAGAUCACAGAGACCACUUCAGGGCAGACAGCCGAGACAGACAGGACAGAUAUUAUACCGACAGUAAGCAUAGGAAACUCGAGGAUUUCCGCACCAACAAAGACCAUCGACAGGAAGUAAAGGAUCCUUCCCAUUCAGACUACCAUUCAUCCUACAGCUAUCACUCGGACUGGCAAACAGAUCGAGCAUCAGCAAGUGGGACUCGUUCUCCUCGAAAUGAACGCUCACCUUGUGACUCUCACUCACCAUUUGACAAUUCGUCAGACCACAAGAGUACGCCAGAGCAGAUCUGGAGCAGCCGUAAGACAUAGCAGGAGCUGGUUGGUUCUACAGCAGAAGUCCUAGACUCAGCAACACAGUAUAUGCCUUACGUUGACUAGGGACCCCAACCCUGAAGCUGUUUGAAGCACUGUGUGUCAGUUUGUUCAUUUCUCAGCAACAGUGGUAGGGUCUACAAUCGGUGGACCUCAACAAAAACAAAAAAACACCAAGGAGUUGUUCCUUUGGGCAAAAUGAUCCUCUCAGCAAAAUGCUGUUACUAUCCUAAAGCUUGAAGUGGAGACAAUUGACCCUUAAUGCUGCCUCCAAUUCCUCCCAGCAAAUGACACUGUAUCUUAUUUAACUGCUCUUAGUGCUUGUUUUUGUGUCAAGGCUUCAUGUGAUCAUCUUCCUUAUCUAAGUGUUAAAAUGGUAAGAAGCCGCUAGUAAUGUAAACCGUGAUGUAGAGGUGUCUGGUUUAAUCCAGUCUGGACUCAGGCUCAACACCUGCAGUACCUCAUUUAGAAGAUUUUGUUAGUUUUCAGUUUUUCCCACCAGCAAUUUUGUAAAUUAACAUAAAUAAAAAUGUAACCUGAAUGUUUUUUUACCUAAAAUAAUGCUUUUGUACAUAUUUUUUAUGUUACUUCUGUAAAAUAGUGAAUCAGUGGACUGUUUCCUCAGGCUUAUUAUUAUGACUUCACUUUCCUCUUAACUCAGGCUUUUUCAUCAUUCUACAUGUGAGUUUCCUUUGGACAUAGUGAUAACCUCAGAAUGUAUUUUUAAAGGGAAGGUUCACUUUUUUCACUACUGCAAAAUUCUUUAGUGUGGUGAAAUGAAAAGUGGAAGCUGACCUUCAUCACAUUUGUAUAGUAUAGUCUAAGCAGAAGCCCCUGUAAGAAUUUAAAUUAGCUUGAUUUAUAUUUUUUACUUUUUGAUCCAUUUUCCAUGUAGGCAAUAAUAUUGUCGAUGUGUCUAUGCAGCCAGGUAUAUUUGUUGUGAACCACCCAGCUGAAUGAAGUCACUGUUAAGGUUUAAACUUGUAUAAAUUUCCUAUAUAUUUCCAAAGGAAUUUACACUGAAAGUGCAUGUGUUUUUAUGGGCUGUUUUUUAUAUAGUCGUUUAUAAAAUUAUUAAAAUCUCUUGCUGUA